AUGUCAUCGCAUAUUGUUGCUUUUUUAUGUCUUGUUUUUCUCUCCUUUUUCCUCACUCUCUCUUGCUCUUUUUUUUCUUUCCCCCCUCCCUCCUCCCUCCUCUUCUGUAAAUUCCACCUCUCUUGCGCAUUCCUCCAUCCUCCUCCUCCUCCUCUCUCUCUUUCUCUCUCUCUCUCCUCAUCUCCUCCUCUCUCUCUCCUCUCUCUCCUCUCUCCUCUCUCGCUCUCUCUCUCCCUCCCUCUCCCUCCCCUCCCUCCCUCUCCCUCCUCCCCUCCCUCCCUCCCUCCCCCUCCCUCCCCCUCCCCCCCCUUCCUUUUCCCCUCCCCCUCCCCCCCUCCCUCUCCCCCUCCCCCUCCCCCCCCUCUCUCCCCCUCCCUCUCCCCCUCCCCCUCCUCCCCCCUCUCCCCUCUCCCCCUCCCCUCCCCCCCUCCCCCUCUCUCCCUCUCUGCUCCCCUUCUCCCUCCCCCUCUCCCCCUCCCCCUCUCCCCCCCCCUCCCUCUCCCCUCCCCCCCUCCCCCCCUCCCCACCCUCACCCCCUCACUCCCUCAGCCCGUCCCCCCCUCCUCUCCCCCUCUCCCCCCUUGCCCCCCUCCCCCCCCCCCCUCCCCCCUCCCCCCCUGCCCGCUCCCCCCCUUCCUCCCCCCUCCCCACCUCCCCUUCUCUCCCUCUUCUUCUCCCUCUCCAACAUUUUUUACCUUUGCUGCUAUCCUGACUUGUCAUUCUUCUCCUCUCGCCUUGUUUUUUCCUUCUCUCCUUCCACCCCCUCUCUCCUUCCCUCUGAUGUAUCCCUUCACCUGUAUUUCUUUCUUGCCCCCCUUUUCCCUUUCCUCUCUAGAACCAUCGUUCUUCCACCUGUCGGAUCUCCUUCCCCCACCCCACUUGACCUCGUCAAUGAGCAGUUUGCAACAGCGACUGUUCCAAUGGUUGGAGCCUAGCAAUGGGAGUGAGAGUUGUGGCGAACAGGGUUCAUGGUUCAUGGAAUCCGAUUGA